AUGCUGUGGCUGAAGGUGUACCUCCUGCUGGUCGCCGCAGGACUCGGGACUGCCAACAAAAUACCCGACAUAGAAGGUGGCACAGACGACGCAUCAAGGGAAGAAUACUCGGCCAAUCAGCGCCUGAACGACGGGGGCGGCGGCGCCGCGCUCGACGCCGCUCAGAUCGCAGGCGCCCUCGCGAAGGCCGCCCUCGAGGGAUUAACAGCCGUCGGCUGGCACGAGAGCAAGCGCGUGCGGCGGCAGUGGUGCAGCGUGCCCUACGCGGCCGACGGAAGGGCCGCCCGCAUGCGCCUGGCCGUGAGCGAGGGCGUCGUCAGGGGCCUCGAUUCGCUGACGCCGGAAGCCUCCUCCUUCCUGCCCAAGCAACAGCUCAAAAUGCGAGUAGUUUUCCGGAACCUGCUCAUGGGCGCCGACUUCCAGGUGCGAGUCAACAGAGUGGGCGCUGCUCCCGCCGAUGCAGCCGCUGGACACGCACAGGACAGGAUCUCUCGUGCCUGGAUUGACGCCGUCGUCAACCUGGACAGCGAAGGGUUGCCGCUGAAUUUCGCCGACUUCGAAGUGGACAGUGAAGAUGCCUCUCUGAUUCAGGCGACCAACCUCUCCGGAAACCAGUACGCGCCGAUCUACAAGGCGGCCAUCAAAGAGGGCCUCAUGACCCUACUCCUGGACACCUUGAGGACCAACGUCAAGGUCAAGUUCAACCAGGGUCUGCAAGGGAUCAAGGCCUCAGGGAACUACUCCCAGUGGCUGAAAGGAACCUCAUAGGAAACCUCUUGUGAAACGCACACUGCCG